GGAUAACCUUUAUUAGCGGCCUAAUUGUAUAGAGCUUUCUUAAAAAUGCCUACCACGAAAGGUGAUGCUAUGCGGGGUUUGGCCGUAUUUAUUUCUGACAUCCGAAAUUGCAAAAGCAAGGAAAGUGAAAUACGCCGGGUUAAUAAGGAACUUGCAAACAUUAGAUCAAAAUUUAGGGGCGAUAAAACUUUGGAUGGUUAUCAGAAAAAGAAAUAUGUCUGUAAAUUGCUCUUUAUCUUCCUUUUGGGUCACGACAUCGAUUUCGGGCAUACUGAGGCAGUCAAUCUACUUUGCUCAAAUCGAUAUACUGAAAAACAAAUAGGUUAUUUAUUCAUAUCGGUACUCAUCAAUGAAUCCCAUCCACUGAUGAAUCUGGUGAUUUCACGUCUUAAGGAUGAUCUGAAUAGCCGAAAUCCUGUGUUUAUGAAUCUUGCAUUGCAAUGCAUCGCCAAUAUAGGGAGUCGUGAAAUGGCUGAGAACUUUGCAGAUAAAAUUCCUAAAUUACUUGUCUCAGGUGAUACAAUUGACUCAAUCAAGCAAAAUGCUGCCCUCUGUCUUCUGAAGUUAAUCAGGGUUGCUCCUGAACUAAUAACGUAUGAUGAUUGGACCGUAAGAGCCAUGCAUCUACUUAAUGACCAACACUUGGGUGUUGUAACAUCAGCCGUUAGUCUGAUUGAUGCUUUGGUGAAAAGAAGCCCAGAAGAACACAAAGGAUGUAUAUCUCUUGCAGUUUCACGCCUUAGCAGAUUAAUUACAUCGUCCUAUACUGAUCUACAAGACUAUACCUACUACUUUGUUACUGCUCCAUGGUUAUCUGUCAAGUUAUUGCGUCUACUUCAGAACUAUCCACAACCAGAGGACACUACAGUUCGUGCUAGGCUUGCCGAAUGCCUUGAUACUAUCUUGAAGAAAGUUCAAGAAGCUCCAAAAUCAAAGAAAGUACAGCAUCCAAAUGCUAAAAAUGCUGUUCUUUUUGAAGCAAUCAAUCUUAUCAUCCAUAUGGAUUCUGACCCUAAAUUACUCGUCCGUGCUUGUAAUCAACUUGGGCAGUUUCUACAGCACAAAGAGACUAAUCUUCGUUAUCUAGCUCUCGAAUCAUUAUGUUUGUUGGCUACGAGUGAGUUCAGCCACGAGGCAGUUAAGAAACACCAGGAAACCAUUGUAAAUGCACUUAAAAGUGAACGGGAUGUUUCAGUUCGUCAAAGAGCUGUGGAUCUCUUAUAUGCUAUGUGUGAUCGAACUAAUGCCCAAGCUAUUGUAGGUGAGAUGCUCAGUUAUUUGGAAGUAGCCGACUAUGCUAUCCGUGAAGAGAUGGUAUUAAAGGUUGCUAUAUUGGCCGAAAAAUAUGCAACUGACUAUUCGUGGUAUGUGGAUACUAUACUGAAUUUAAUAAGGGUUGCUGGUGAUUACGUAAGUGAUGAAGUUUGGCAUCGUGUCAUCCAGAUUGUUAUAAAUCGUGAAGAUGUGCAAGGGUAUGCUGCGAAGACAGUAUUUGAGGCUCUUCAAGCUCCUACUUGUCAUGAAAAUAUGGUUAAAGUGGGUGGCUAUAUUCUGGGUGAAUUUGGUAAUCUGAUUGCAGGGGAUCCGAGAUCAGCACCUAAGGUACAAUUCAAUUUAUUGCAUAGUAAAUUUCAUUUAUGUACUUCAACUACACGUCAACUAUUAUUAUCUACAUAUAUGAAGUUUAUUAAUUUAUUCCCAGAAAUUAAAUCUGAUAUUCAAUCUGUACUACAAAAUGACAGUAAUUUGCGUAGUUCCAAUGUAGAAAUACAACAACGAGCUACUGAAUAUUUAGCAUUAUCACGAAUCGCUACAGAUGAUGUAUUGGCUACUGUACUAGAAGAAAUGCCACCAUUCCCAGAACGUCAUUCUAGUAUUUUAGCUAAACUUAAAGCUAAAAAUCCUAAUACUGAUGGUACAAUAUCAAAAUCAGAAGUGGUUGGAGAUAGUUAUGCUGUGAAUUCAUCUAAAAUCAGUCAUGAUAACAAUCAUGAUGUUAACCGUGAAGCAGAUUUACUCAAUUUCGGCAACCCUGGUACUGUGUACAAUGAUGUCCAGUCCAAACCAAAUGGCUCAUCUAGUCUAUUAGUUGAUUUAAUGGGAAAUGGUUUCACGUCUUCAGAUACGAACAAUUUACUUCAUGCUAGUGUUGAUCAAUACAUGAAUCGUAAAGAAUUUACAAAGUAUGUUUAUGAAUUUAUAUAUUUAUGGUAUACAUUUUUCUGA